AAUGGCGGCAUUGAGUAGACACCCCUGCUAAAGGCUCUCCCGGCACCAGGGCCACCUCGCGCAGCGCUGCUUUUGCUUCUGCCGUUAACAGAUGGCAUGUGCCGCUGCCCCUGCCGCUGCCCCUGAGAGCAGGACCCCUUAGCCUCUGGGUUUGCGCUAGCAGCAUAAGGUUUCUGAAAAGUGCCUUUUCUGAAAGCUGCUGCUUGGAUUCCACUCUAGAGCUGUCUCUUUCUAAAGCCCUCUCCCUGCCACCACCACAUCUCCAAAAACCUGGUGUGCUUGUAGUUCACUCGCAGCAACUCGGCCGUUCUUUUUUUCUUUGAUUCUCAGUUUUCAUAGUCAUUUUCCCUCCUUCUGAUUUUGCAGCAAAAAAGAAAAAAAUUACAGUUGUACCAUCCUUACCAAUCUCAAUUUUUAAAGCCAGGAAAUAGGGAGAAAAACCUUUCUCCCCUUGAUCUGAGACCAUUCCACAAACUGAAGGGCAGCCAGCAGCAUAUGCUUUUUGUGAGAAUAAUUGAAAACAUCAACUGGAGAGCACAAAAUUCUUUUGAAAGUCUGCCAGUUACUUGAAGUAACUUCAACAGAGGAACAAAAUAAAACACUCAAUAUUUUAACCUUUAUGGUUGCCUUCUUAAAAGAGUUGGUCUCUAAUUUGAUUUUUAGUUAUUCUGAUACAAUUUUUAUUUUAUGAUUGACUUUUGUUUGACUAGACCGAAUUUGACUUAAAUUUAAAACCUAAGUGCUAACAACGAAACAUUUCACCGAAGCAACCUGUUAUCUCUUCACAUCCAUCUUGAAUUCAUUUUUAACCUUUAACAACAGCAGUAAUAUUGUCCUAGAGAGGGUGUACUUGAUUUUAACUUUGCUUUCACUAUGACGGCUGUCAACGUUACCCUGGUGCGUGAUACCAAGUGGCUCACUUUAGAAGUCUGUAGAGAAUUUCAGAGAGGAACCUGCUCUCGAGCUGAUGCAGAUUGCAAGUUUGCCCAUCCGCCAAGAGUCUGCCAUGUGGAAAAUGGCCGUGUGGUGGCUUGUUUUGAUUCCUUAAAGGGUCGGUGUGCUAGAGAGAACUGCAAGUACCUUCACCCUCCUCCACACUUAAAAACGCAGCUAGAAAUUAAUGGACGGAACAAUCUGAUUCAACAAAAGACUGCCGCAGCCAUGUUCGCCCAGCAGAUGCAGUUUAUGCUCCAAAAUGCUCAGAUGUCAUCACUUACUUCUUUUCCUAUGACUCCAUCACUUGCAGCUAAUCCUGCCAUGGCUUUCAAUCCUUACUUACCUCAUCCUGGAAUGGGCCUGGUUCCUGCUGAACUUUUACCAAAUGCACCUGUUCUGAUUUCUGGAAACCCGCCUCUUGCAUUGCCAGGAGCUCCUGGUCCAAAACUGAUGCGCUCAGAUAAACUGGAGGUUUGCCGAGAAUUUCAGCGUGGAAAUUGUACCCGUGGUGAGAACGAUUGCCGCUAUGCUCACCCCACAGAUGUUUCCAUGAUUGAGGCAAGUGAUAAUACUGUGACUAUCUGCAUGGAUUACAUCAAAGGUCGAUGCUCCCGGGAGAAAUGCAAGUACUUUCAUCCUCCUGCACACUUGCAAGCUAAGCUCAAGGCAGCUCAUCACCAGAUGUACCAUUCAGCUGCCAACAUGAUGGCCCUACAGCCUGGUGCACUUCAACUGAUACCAAAGAGAUCGGCGCUUGAAAAGACCAAUGGUGCCACCCUGGUCUUUAAUCCCAGUGUUUUCCACUGCCAACAGGCUCUGGCCAACCUGCAGCUCCCGCAGCCGGCAUUUAUCCCUGCAGGGCCAAUACUGUGCAUGGCACCCGCUUCAAGUAUUGUUGAAAUUCUGAACAACAGAGUUCUGGAGUAUCAGAAUCUCUCCGUGAGAACCUCCAUAUGGCCUUUCUAUGUAUACUCUCGUAUGUCCUCUUCUACCAACACAAUAAUAAGCGUGGUGCAGUUAAUAUAUUAAACAAAAAAAAUACCAACCAACCAAUUCAAGUAAAAUUAAAGCAUUAAACAAUCAAUGGAGAUGUGAAAACACAAAUAGAAAACUAAUAACUACCAUCUGUCUUAUUUGAAUUAUUAGGUAGAACAUGAUCAUAAGAUUUUGCAAUUUGUUACAUUAUUGUUUGUAAUUUUCCAAUAACCGUUAUGCUGAAUGAAUCUCCACAGUGAACUGUUGGCUUACUGUGCAUUCUUGGUGGAUAAAUGUUCAUCUGUUUUGAAGUGUUA